AUGAGUGAGAGUCGAAGGGAAGCCCUGGCGGCGGCUCCUGCCUCCACCACCACCUCUCUGGUUGGUGCCAACACCACCGACCUGGCCAGUCCGGGCGCUGGCGAGAAGGACGAGGCCUUCUCCAAGCUCAAGGACAAGUUCAUGAAUGAACUCAACAAAAUCCCACUACCGUCAUGGGCCAUCGUCUCUAUCGCCUUUGUUGCCAUCAUCCUGGUCUUGGCGUGCUGCUUCUGCAUCUGCAAAAAAUGGAUAUUUAAGAAGAAAAACAAAAAGAAGGGCAAAGACAAGGGCAAAAAUGCCAUCAACAUGAAGGAUGUCAAGGAUGGAGCCAAAACCGAGGCCUUGAAGGAUGAGGAUGAUGCAGAGACAGGGCUGACCGAUACGGAGAAAGAGCCCGAGCCCAAGGAGGACGAGAAACUUGGCAAAUUACAAUACUCCCUGGAUUACAAUUUCACCGAGAAUACGCUCAUAGUGGGGAUCAUCCAGGCUGCGGAGUUACCUGCUAUGGACAUGGGAGGCACGUCUGACCCAUAUGUCAAGGUGUACCUGCUACCCGACAAGAAGAAGAAGUUUGAGACCAAGGUCCACAGGAAGACGCUCAACCCCACCUUCAACGAGCAGUUCACCUUCAAGGUUCCGUACGUCGAGCUGGGAGGCAAGACGCUGGUGAUGACGGUGUACGACUUUGACCGCUUCUCCAAACACGACGCCAUCGGCGACAUCAAGGUUCCCAUGAAUAAGGUGGACUUCAGCCACGUAACGGAGGAGUGGAGGGAUCUGCAGAGCGCUGAGAAGGAGGAGCAAGAGAAGCUCGGUGAUAUCUGCUUCUCCCUGCGAUAUGUGCCCACCGCCGGCAAGCUGACUGUGGUCAUCCUAGAAGCCAAAAACCUGAAGAAAAUGGAUGUGGGGGGUUUGUCAGAUCCCUAUGUGAAGAUCCACCUGAUGCAGAACGGCAAGAGGCUGAAGAAGAAGAAGACGACAAUCAAGAAAAACACCCUCAACCCUUACUACAACGAGUCCUUCAGCUUUGAAGUACCAUUUGAACAAAUCCAGAAAGUGCAGAUUGUUGUAACUGUUCUGGACUAUGACAAGAUCGGCAAGAACGAUGCCAUCGGCAAGGUCUUUGUCGGCCUCAACAGCUCGGGGACAGAGCUGCGCCACUGGUCUGACAUGCUGGCCAACCCCAGGAGACCCAUCGCCCAGUGGCACGUGCUGAAGCCCGAGGAGGAGGUAGACGCUCAGCUCUCCACCAAGAAAUAG